UAUGGUCUAUACGUUUAUAUACAAGCUUUCUCUUUCAUUUCAAAACCCUAAUUCUCUCUCGGUGCGGCAGUGCUAGUAGGUCUUGCUCAAUCCUACCCAGCCCCCAACGAACGAAAAUGCCUUUCAAGCGAUUCGUUGAGAUUGGAAGGGUUGCACUCGUUAACUAUGGAAAAGACUACGGAAAGCUCGUCGUUAUCGUCGACGUUGUCGAUCAGAACCGAGCUUUGGUUGAUUCCCCUGAUAUGGUUCGUACCCAAAUCAAUUUCAAGAGACUAUCUUUGACCGAUAUCAAGAUCGACAUUAAAAGGGUUCCACAAAAGAAGACUUUAAUUGCUGCUAUGGAGGCUGCUGAUGUCAAGAACAAAUGGGAGAACAGUUCAUGGGGUAGAAAGUUGAUUGUUAAGAAGAGAAGGGCUGCCUUGAAUGAUUUUGACAGAUUUAAGAUUAUGUUGGCUAAAAUCAAGAGAGCUGGAGUUGUGAGGCAGGAGCUUGCCAAGCUCAAGAAGAGCACAGCCUAAGCUUUUCUCUUUAGUGUUGAAGGAGAUUUGGUAUUAUUUAGCCAGAUAUAUGCUUAUUACUAUUGGACAUCAUAAAUGUUUAUUUGUUGUGAGACAAUCAUUUUUGCUGUUUUUGAGAUUAAUGUUUUCUCUUGCAUGUGAUGGCAAUUAGCUUACACAAGUUUCUAGUUGGGUGAUUCAUUUUCCAUGCUA